AUGGGGUUGAAGAUGGCUGAAUGCGAACCUCCAGUCUUAGACUACUCCUCCUCGGUAUCCGAAACCUCCUCGACAACCCUCUCCACCUCCUUUACCUCCCAAGACACCCUCGAGCCGGCAUUCCUACCAUAUUGGGCCCGAUACGAGACAAAGUACGCCCAGAACCUGCUAGACUACUCCGACGAGCCGAUCGAAUACGACCACGACGACGAAGACUAUCGCGACAACUGCUUCUUCUUCCCAGAAGACUGCUCCUGGACACCCCCGAAAGAACUCGGGUCCCAAGACCUCCAAGAGGAUCUCCAAAUCCCAGAACACACAUCCUCGAAACAAGCAACCGACACCAUGAUCCCCGGACUCCCCGAUAUCAAAAUGCUAGACGCAGAGGCUCUAAGCGACCUUCUAGAGGAUAACCUCUCCCCACCAGAGAUAACAACCAUAAUCGUCUUCGCAACCAACGGCGCCGUCUUCGCCCACGGCUCCACCCUCUCCUCCCGCCAACUCCGCAACCUAAGCGCCACCUACGGCGCCGCCUACACCUGCUACGCCAAAAGCGCCUCAACCGGCAACCUGACAGGCGUCAACCCAGCCAGCCACCCAUCCUCCUACGUAACCGCCAAAUCCAUGUCCCUAGGCGACGUCGGCUCCAUCGUCUUCGAGCUCGACGACUCAGUCGCAGUCGUAACCCGCAUCGCAGACAAAGUCCUCGUCGCAGCUGUCGGCCCCUCUAAAUCUAAAUCAACAGAAACAUCAGACUACCUAUCCGCUGGCACGGAUGGUGCACCGACGACUCCGGAGGGAUCGCAGGAGCGCACGCCUGGGCCUUCGAAUGAUUGUGAGAUUGAUAGGAGUGCUGACCUUGAUCGGUUGGCGAGUUUGAAUAUUGCUGCUGAGCCUGCUGUGUUGCUUGCGCUGGAAUCUAAGUGUGCGGCUUUGGCGAGGUUUUUGGGUCAGAAGUUGGAUGAUUUGGAGAGUCCGGAGGAUUUCUGA